CGCGUCAAGUCAGGUGAAAUCGCGCUCUCCAACUUCCAAGGGGCGCGUUCGCCACUCUCUACCGACUGUAUCGUUGUUGUCGUUCGCAACAUCCAGCACACAGUAUACAUGGUGAUCAGAUGGACAACGAGGCGCCACUGACAUUCAACCAGGUGGUUCGCGGAAUCAGCGAGUUUAUUGAAGUGGCGAUCCAUACCAUUCUUUAUGUCCGCCAGGUCUACCCCGUAGACCUCUUCGUUCGGAGGAAGAAGUACGACACAGUGGUCUUCCAAUCACGCCACCCCGCUCUAAAUGAAUACAUAUCUGGGGCUGUCAAAGCCAUAGAAGACGAGCUAUUGCUGGGUGCCCUCGACAAGGUGGUGGUCGUUAUCAAAGACAAAAACGAGGUCGCUCUCGAACGUUUCAUCUUCGCCCUCCACAGUCUAGUCAACGUCGAGUCCUACAACAGAGAUACAAGCGUGGAAGAAGCGAUGACGCCCCGCUCCCUAGGGCAAUACUUCCGUUCCUUCCUCGUCAAACUCAGCAUGAUUGAAGCCCAGCUGGGGCAAAUACAGAGCACCGAAGACUUAUCCUUUGCGAUCGUCAUUGAACUCCAAGAUGACAGGGCACCUGCUGCUUCCACCGACCACGACCCGCCACCUUGGAUCCCUGCGGUCGAGGGCCACACGACCGCAGGAGCGUCAGAAAAAGCAGAGUUACAUAUGGUCCGCGUAGUGGAGACCGGUAUAAUCAAUCUGGCUCUUGCGGUGCAGGAGAGCGAGGAGAAGCUUAGGUUGUUAUCCAACGAAGAAGCACCGUCCAAAGGGAAGGACCGCGCAUCGUGAAUACCCUGCUUUCCAUCCCUCCUUGACCUCGUACCUCCACCAUCUACCGUUAGGCGCCCGCUUAUCGGCCCCCAUCUGCCCCAUCUCUCGCCCGUUCCCUCCUCCCUAGUGUCAAGACCCCUCCAACGGGGCCCCCACAGUCUCUACGACACCAUCGACCAACUCGAUCGACAAUCGGGAC